AUUAGACUGAGAAUUGAAAAGAAAAGAAUCCAGUAUCCGGCUGUCCUAUACUGGCCAGCGACCCCUUCCUUCUCCACAAUCUUCUACGAUUCCCCGGCCCGGUGUGAAUGAAAAAUAAAAAAGGAGAAGAAGAAGAGACUGCUACAUUUUUCAUUUUAAGUUGAAAACGUCGAAAUUCCAUAUUUAAAAAGCGAGGCGAAGGGGUAGUGCAUUGAAAUAAAUAUAGGAGUCACGUGCGUUUGUCAACUUGGAAUUGUGGGUCAAUCUUUACUCCUAGAACGAGGCAGCGCAGAGAAGAAAUAAAAAGGCCGUGCUGGAAGGGCAAAGGCCUUUCUGCAAUCCGCCCUCUCAGCAUUCAACUUGGUGAGUUCCUUCGCUUUACACAGAAGAAGGAACGUCUACUACGCGUACCCUAAACCCUCCCGCCUGAUUCCUCCCUCCGGCGAUCCCUCUUAUUUACUGCAUGCCAUAAAGCCUUCCUCGUCGAUCACUUCUGGUUUCAAACAUUUAUGGAGUUGGCUUUGAGCUUGGGAGACGCGCCGAAGCCCUUCUCUUUUCUUGACAAGGUCACCGACAAGCACGGCCAAGAACCUGGCUUUUGCAUACCCCUCGUCGCUGGUUUCGCGGCCAAAAGAUGGAAUCACAGAGACAGCGAUGAGGACAGUAGGAGUUCAUCAGGUCCGCCAGUUCAGCUCGAUCUUCUUUCCUUGACCCCGCUUCCUCCUCCACCUUCACGCCUUUCAAUUCCUUGGCUCUCCCGUCCGUGCGGUGAAGAGAUUUCAUUGGAUAGAGCGGUAGCUUCGAGGGGUUUGGAUGUGAACAGUGCGCCGUCGGACGUAGAUGAAGCCGACGACGCUGCCGCACUCUCAUCCCCGAACAGUGGGAUCUCAUCAUUUCACAUGGAUUUCCGUGUCAGAAAUGGUGAUGGCACCGGCGGAUACAAGAGGGAGCACGAGAGCAACGCCGACAGACCCAGCGACGAUGACGAAAAUGGAUCGAGUCGAAAGAAACUCCGUCUGUCUAAGGAACAAUCUGCUUUCCUGGAAGAGAGCUUCAAAGAACAUGCCACUCUCAAUCCCAAGCAGAAACUCUCACUGGCAAAGCAGUUAAACCUUCGCCCCCGUCAAGUGGAAGUUUGGUUCCAAAAUAGACGGGCUAGGACGAAAUUGAAGCAGACGGAAGUAGAUUGUGAGUAUUUAAAGAGAUGUUGCGAGACGCUGACGGAGGAGAAUCGGAGGUUACAGAAGGAGGUGCAAGAAUUAAGGGCUUUAAAGACAUCGCAGCCGUAUUACAUGCAGCUUCCGGCCACCACUCUCACCAUGUGUCCCUCCUGUGAAAGGGUCGUUACCAAAUCUUCGGCCGCCGGAACCACAUCUACCGCGACGGCGACCGCCACUUGUACCGGCGGUGCUUCUGGAAUCCCAAUCUCUUUGUCUCUCGGAAGGCCCGGAAUGCUACCUUUCGCUAAUGGUCAAGCCUAGGCCCAUCAGACGGCCUCGUGAUCCAAUUCCAAUGGACCCACUUUUAAGUUGGCUUUUGAUUAUAUAUCACAGGUUUGGAAUAUAGAAAGGAAAAGAGACGUGCUCUCCUGUUUCACGUUGUAUAUUACUUUUUGCUUUGGCUCUAUGGCAGUGGAGUUACAAGGAAUUUAUGCAUGGAUAAAUGGAACGAUCUUUUUUUUUUUCGGUAAGAAAAAACGCCAACAUACAUACAUACAUACAUACAUACAUAUAUGUGUGUGUGUAUAUUGGGUAUGGUAGGUUUGAUAUGUUGUGUUCAAGUCUUGACGUGAAUAGCUCUCCUGUCGUCAUCUUGGUUGGCGAUUAGAUGGGAGGAUAUAAAUAAGGAAUGGGGAUAGGAAUGGAGACAUUGAAAGAGGGAUGAUUUAAAGGCUUAGUGGGAGGGAAACAGGAAAGGAUGAUGAUGAUUGAGAUAGUAAACCGUAAUUGGUGAAGUUUUGAAGAAAAACGAAAAAGCUGAUGGAGGAAACCAGGAAUUUCUUCAAACUGCUGUUACGUUGACAUUAAAGGGUGGGGGAGUUAAAUGUAACGGAUGGGUGGCAUCAUAAUUAUUUGAAUACCAGCGGUCUUUAAUUAUAUCAAACUAUCUAUAAUUCACGUCA